GCCUCGCCCCCCUCCCUCUCUCCAAAGUACCUUCACCACCAAAUAUUCGCCCCAUCCAACCGAGCACCCAAACGACCGCUCGCCGCCGCAACGCUCUCACGCUCGCGAUUACGGAUCCUCACGCUGGAUCCUUCUGGUACCAUCUGGUCUCCCACUCCGAUCCAUUCUCCAUGUUCAGCGCACAGCAACAGCUUCCCUCCUCUCCUUCCGCUGUCGCUCCACCCUUCUCAUCCGCCCUCGACCGCUCCCGUCGUCACACGCACGGUUUGCAGUCUCCACGGUGAAUCCAGGCGCCGUGCCUGACUCUCCUUUGCUCUCCUGGUCCGUCUCGGGCUCAUCGCCUGCUCUGAAACACUCAACAACACCAACAAUCCAUCAUCCAUCGACAUCCCCCCCACGACCACAAUGGCCUACGCACCUCACUAUCCGACUCCUCCGCCCUACAUGCCCUUCGACUUCCACCGCACUCCGCCCGUGUCGCCUGCUCCAGGCGCACACUACUACUCCCCGAGAUACGGACCGCCGACCGCUACUCCAUCCCCGCGCGUCUCUCCCAAGGUGUCCGCACAUCAUCACAGACGAGCGUCGCAGGCCUGCCCGCCACCGCCCUACCCUUCCUAUCAGUCUCCUCGCGGAGGAGCGGCUCCUCAAUACUAUCCAGACUACGCGUCCCCGCGCUAUCAAGCAACGCCGCAGCAGCAGCGCGUGCCCGACUAUGUAAGUGGUGGUUUCGAUUACAGCACACGGCCGAGCCGGCCUCGGCGCCAGUCUGAUGCCCCGCCUCUCAAGCGCUCCCAUCGCGAGAGGAAGCACAGCAAGUCGCACGCCCGCUGUGUACGGACCAAGAUCUUCUACGAUGACGGUGGUUACGGCUACGAGUACAUCUACGACUAUCCGCCGCCGCCUUACGAGCCGUACCCGCGGCACGACACGUACGGAGUUGCUGAUGGCUAUUACUCUGGUCAGGUCCCAAUCUAUGCCGAUGCAGAGCCCAAGGCGAGCCGUCCCCGACGUGCGUCUCACGCCAGCCGACCCCAGCCCGCUCCCCCCAAGCGACCCACAACCAAGAAGUCGCCCCAGGCUACCGAAGAGGACGCGCGCCGCGCCGGCAUCCCUGCUGGUUACUCGUACAAGAAUUGGGACCCCACCGAGGAACCCAUCCUGCUGCUAGGCAGCGUCUUCGAUGCCAACUCGCUUGGCAAGUGGAUCUACGACUGGACCGUCUUCUACCAUGGCCCCGGAAGCCCCUUCGCCGAGAUGGCGGGCGAGCUCUGGCUCCUCCUCAUCCAGCUCGCCGGCAAGGUCAAGCGCGCCGAGGAGAUCAUGCCCAAGAUCCGCAAGCAGGAAGGUCGCGAGCUCGUCGAGGACUUUCUUGAGAGCGGCGAACGUCUCUGGAUCCGCUUCGCCAAGCUGCUCAAGGUGUGCGAGGAGUACAUGUGGAAGGCGGCGAAGAAGGAGAACGGCGACAAGAAGCCCGUCUCCAUGGGCAAGAACAGCGGCUGCGAAUUUGUCGACUCCAUCUUCGGACGCGACCGCGAACUCGAGAAGACGGAAAAACUCAUGACGGGCAUGCGUCUGUGGAGCAUGCGUUUCGAUGCAAACUGCGAGGAGUACCUGCGUCACCCCUCGGCCUAGAUGGUUCCUC